AUGAUAAGUUUCAAGUUCUGUUUUGCAGACGAGUAUGACAACUGGAGGCAACGUUUGCGGGGAAGGCUGUAUGCUGAGCUGGAUCAACGUGUUCGCCGAGCUGUGCAAACACCUCCUCGUGAACGACUUCGUCGUCGAAGUCAAACCGUCCAGGAUCAGAGUGACGAGUCCUCGUCCGCGCAACAGAUUCGCAUGCGUCAGCUUGUGAAUAAAAUGAACGAGAUGGCCGGAGCAACUAGGAAGGUUCAAUUGGUAGAUGUGCCACCGAAACCCAUGUUCUGUAAUACUGUCGAUUUACGUCUUCAUCCGGAAACACAUCAGUGGAGGAGGCGUUGGAAUCGUGAUUCACCACCGGUAAUCAAACGAACAGAACAAACUAACCGGAGACCAGUGAGUUCGGACGAUGAGAAGACAAGCGCGGAUCAUUCACGAUGGAUUCAGCAAAGCUUGAAAAAAUGGUUGGAUCGAAGCCAAGUUGUCGACCGUGAUUCCGUAUCUGAGGUGAUUAUUAUUUCAUUGCCGACGACUUAG